CAGAGGGAAUCCUACAGAGAAAAGCAAAAUAGAAAAUUUUUUGCGAUUUCAUUAUUUUUUAAUUUUGAAUCACCAAAAAAGUGUCUGCGGGAAACAAAUAAAUUGAAAUGUCUUCGUUUAUACAGAACGCCCUAAUCGGGAACCCGUUCUCCACUCUUGUUGGAGGCAAAAUUGAACAAGCUACAGAUGGUACCUUAGCAUCGGAAAACUGGGCCUUAAACAUGGAAAUUUGCGAUAUAAUCAACGAAACUGAAGAAGGCCCCAAAGAUGCUAUAAGAGCCAUCAAAAAGCGUUUGACCCAAAACGCAGGCAAGAAUUACACGGUAAUCAUGUACACUCUAACCAUCCUGGAGACUUGCGUCAAAAAUUGCGGAAAACGGUUUCAUUUAUUGGCCUGCAGCAAGGAUUUUGUCCAAGAACUAGUGAAAUUGUUAAGCCCCAAACAUGAACCACCAACAGCCGUACAAGAAAAAGUCCUAAGCCUAAUCCAAUGUUGGGCGAGCGCAUUCCAAUCAGACCAAGACCUUUUAGGCGUCAACAUAGUCUACAAAGACUUGCUAGCCAAAGGCAUCGAAUUUCCGCCGACAGAUUUGGACAGUUUGGCCCCAAUUCACACUCCCAGGAAAAGCGUCCUCACUACAGAACCUCCGGCCAGCGCUCCGAAGCCUCCGCACGCAGGACCCUCGCCUUCAACUAGCCCGGUACCACCUUUGUUGGGUUCACCCGCAAAUGGCGGACCUUUGACUCCGGAGCAAAGAGCUAAAUUGCAGUCAGAGUUGGACGUUGUCGAAAGCAACAUGAACGUUUUGGGCGAGAUGUUGAGCGAAGUUAAACCUGGCCACGAGGAGAGAGACGAAUUGGAGUUGUUGCAAGAGCUUCAUCUUGUUUGUCAAAGUAUGCAGCAAAGGCUUGUAUCAUUGAUUUCGACUAUUACCAAUGAUGCGUUGACUGAAGAAUUGUUGAGGAUAAAUGAUGAUAUGAAUAAUCUAUUUUUAAGGUACAGUCGUUGGGAGAAAAAUCGAGGACCCCAAGGCCUAAGCGCUUCAGAGGUGGUGGCCAAGGCUAUCCCACCUACUGUAACAAAAGCCAAAUUGAAAAAUGAGGAUAGCCUUAUUGAUUUGGACGACGAUAUUACCGACUCUGUUAAUAAAUUAGCCUUAGGAGAUGGACCAAACCUUUCUAUUAAUAAGAGGAGCAGUGACGAGUUUGAUAUGUUUGCCCAAUCCAGGAAUGUAACUUAUGAGAGUUCCAAAAAAAGUGGCAGCACAUACAAAGACAAUCUGAAUCCAGACCAAGUUUCCGGAGGCCUUAGCUCCAUGGCACAUGGAACAGCAGCAGCGCAUCAAGAGACGGACGAAGAUAGAGAACUGAGCGAGAUGGCUAGUUGGUUGGGGAAAACAGGUGGCGCAGAAGAAUCUGUAACAUCGAGUGAUUUUGAACGGUUCCUUGCUGAACGGGCUGCAGCAGCUGAGAACCUUCCCACAGUACCUGCAGCUACAGGUUCGACUAACCCAAAUACAAUAAAGAAAGAGACUAAGAAAAAAGAGGAAGAUCUUUUGGCCUUGUAAGCUUUGUGCCCUUUAUUUUAAUGGUAUCUGAUUCAUCCUUUGAAUCUACAGAUAAUAGACUGUAGAUUUAGUGGAUUUGCACUAAAUAUUAUAGAUAAUAAUAUGUUUUGCCGAAAAGGAGUUCUUGCUGAGAAAAUUUUCUCAAAAGGCUGGCCUGUUGAGCUAUUUAUAUUGUCUGAUUGGUAGAUACAAUUUUAUAUAAACAAGAACUCUUCUUUGACAAAUAUAGUAAAUAAAAAAAAAUGAAAGGUUGUGUAUUAAGUAUCUACAACAAAAAUCGUUUGAUUCUUUAUUUUUGUUAAUAAUUUUGGCAUAUUUUAUAUAAGUAAAUUCCUGUUUUUAUUAUGAAUUUAACCAAAGAUUUUUUGAAUCGAUUUUAAAAAUUAUAUUUAAACAAAAAUCAUUCCUUAUUUUAUUUAUUCUAACGAGAGAUGAAGUGGAUAAAUGUUUAAAAGAUAACAAAUAUUAUAUAAGUGUUAUAUAAUUUUAUUUUUUACUGGAAGGUUUGUCUUCAAUAUUUUUUGUAUUGAUAUAAAAUGUUUGUAAAUAUGGGACUUUGAUGUAAUAAUACGGAAUAUCAUCAAUACCAAUAUCACUUUAACUAAAAGAAAAAUCUCGUUUGUUCUAUACUGUGUUAUUUAUAAUGGUAUUUGCUAUAAAAUGUUAGCAGACUCCUCGUUUAUCUGAUAUGCUUGCAAAACGAGUAUACAAGCUAUUUUGUUACAGCUAUUAUCUGACAUUGUGUAAAAAAAAAAUAUUGUAUUAUUUAUGUAGUAUGUUAUUUAAUGUUAACAAUAAAAUGGAAAUAUUAUGUAAUAAAUCGCUAUUGAAACAA